CACUUCCUGUAGGGACUGAAAACCAAGUGAGGAGAUGAAGGAUUGCACCAUACUACACCAGAGAAUACAAAGAGGAUAGACACUGCAGAUAGACCCUGACCAUCACUCAAGGAAAACUGCACAACUGUGGAAAGACAUCCAGUCCCUUCACAGCAUUGCUCAACACAGAGAAGGUUGGGCAGCGAAACCAUCAUCUGGAAAUCGUUUAGAUCAAGGGAGCUUUGACAUAUCAUCAGAUCUGAAACUGGUCAGUGGUGUGGAACCUUCCAUCAGAACCAACCUUUCUGAAGGUUUGGCUGUGGGUGAUUGGUCAGGGUGAGGCUGGGAAGAAGUGUGAGUGGGCUCCAAGUUUGGUGAGAGAUUCAAUCAUUCAUUGAGCCUCAUGAAUCACUGACUCAUUCAUAUAGGUGAGGCUGUUCAAGUGUGUGGUGUGUGAGGAAGGCUCCACACAUAAGAUCUUCUAACAGACAAGGUGCAUCUGUCGUUCCACCUGUAACACAAGAGAAGCUACAUGGAAGAGAAAAAAUUCAAGUGUGAGGUGUGCGACAAAUCAUUCUCACACUCAUCUUACUUCCGCGUACACCAACGCAUUCACACAGGAGAGAAACCAUUCACGUGUGAGGUGUGUGACAAAUCAUUUGUGCAGUCAUCGUACCUUCGCAGACACCAACGCAUUCACACCGGGGAGAAGCCGUUCACAUGUGAGGUGUGUAACAAGAGCUUUGCAGAAUUCUCGAGCCUGUUGUAUCACCGGCGCAUUCACACAGGGGAAAAACCAUUCACAUGCAAGGUGUGCAACAAAUCAUUUUCUGUGUCAUCAAACCUCCGUGCACACCAACGCAUUCACACAGGGGAGAAACCAUUCCAUUGUGAGGUGUGUAACAGAGGCUUUUCAGAAUUAUCGAGCCUUGUGAAUCACCGGCGCAUUCACACAGGGGAGAAGCCAUUCACAUGUGAGGUAUGUGACAAAUCAUUCUCAACGUCAUCGAACUUUCUUGCACACCAACGAAUUCACACAGGUGAGAAGCCAUUCAAGUGUGAGAUUUGUGAUAAAGCUUUCGUAAAGUCUUCGAACCUCCAGAUACACCAAAGGAUUCACACAGGCGAGAGACCUUUCAGCUGCGAGGUUUGUGAGAAAGCUUUUACCUGCUCCUCCGAUCUCCUGAUGCACCAGAUGAUUCACACAGGGGAGAAACUCUUCAAGUGUGAGGUGUGUGACCAAGCCUUCUUGAAGUCAGGGAACCUCCGUGUACACCAACGCAUGCACACUGGGGAGAAACCGUUCAAAUGUGAGGUGUGUAACAGGGGCUUUGCACAAUCAUCAGCUCUGGUGGGUCACUCUCGCAUUCACACUGGUGAGCGGCCAUUCAUCUGUGAGAUGUGUAACAGAUCGUUCGCAAGGUCAUCGACUCUCCGCGCACACCAACGCAUUCACACAGGGGAGAAACCAUUCACAUGUGAUGUGUGUGACAAAUCCUUCUCCAGGUCAUCACAGCUCUUGCUCCACCAGAGGAUUCACACAGGGGAAAAACCAUUCAAGUGUGAGGUGUGUGACAAGGCCUUCACACUCUCAUCAACACUCGGGAAUCAUCGACGCAUUCACACUGGGGAGAAGCCAUUUAAGUGUGAGGUGUGUGACAAAUCCUUCUUAAAGUCAACAGACCUCCGUGUACACCAACGCAUACACACAGGAGAGAAACCUUUCAGGUGUGAUAUUUGUGACAAGACUUUCACCCACUCCUCCGAUCUCCCAAAACACCAGCGGAUCCACACUGGUGAGAAACCAUUCAGGUGUGAGGUGUGUUAUAAAUCAUUCACUCACUCAUCGACCCUCCGCACACACCAACACAUUCAUAUAAGCGAAUAGAUGUUCAUGUCCAAGGAGUGCCACAAAUCCUUCAUGAGAUCAUCGAACCUCCUGCUCCAUCAAAUGUGAGGUUUACAAUUAAGCUUUUGUGUCGUUUUUGACCCUCCUGGGACACCAGAGGAUUCAGGUGCGAUGUUUAUGACAAGGUUUUCAUACAGUCAGCAUAUCUCCAGUCCAUCAACACAGUUACACAUGGAGAAACCGUAUCGGUGUGAGUUCUGUAAUAAAAACUUCAUACAGUUGUCGGACCUCCUAGAACAUCAGCAAAGACAUGGGGAAGACAAACUCUUCCAGUGUGAUGUGUGCCUACUCCUCUCACCAUACACCAAUGUCUCCACACGGACUUGGAGCCGGGUCACCUGCUUCUAUUGCACUGAGAUUUGUCUGUGUUGUUUACCCUCUAGUGCCCACACGGGGAGCUGUCGUUCCAAAGCACUGUCUGGCUCAGCAGUGUCUGUCUCGAACCUCUCCCGCCAUCAGUCCAAUCGUUUCAAGAAGACCAAUUUAAACUUUGACCAGAUCACCAAACAUCAUCUAAAGAAGACCAAUGUAUCCACACUGGGGAGAUGCUGUUCAAUUGUGAAGUUUUUAAUGAGGGAUUUGCAAAAUUACCAGGCCUGGUGAGAUACCAAUACAUUCACAUUGGGGAGAAACCAUUCAUGUGCGAGGUGUGGGACAAAUCAUUCUCAGAGUCAUCGAUCUUCAAGUAAACUCUACCAGCCUGAAUACAAACAAAAUCAGACAUCCUCUUCAAACCUCAAUGUCCAUGUGUCCCGCAGGGAUGGAAUCAGAUUGGUUGCCAUGGUGAUUUGAAGUAUUAAUCAGAUACCCAUAGGGAGUUUAGAACAACAGCAAUUCUGAUUGGUCAUUCCCACUGUUUAAUCCAUCACCCACAAGAUUUCAGUCGAAGAUUGUGUUUCCUCAACAUUAAUAAUUCACCUUUUUUGGGCAAAUUUGCUGUAAUUUUAAGGGAGGUUCCAAUCUAGCAAGACCUUGUAAUUGACAGCUGAAUGGGCCAAUGGCCCUCUUCUCCCAAACACAAAGAGUGAGUGAGAAAACCCCAGUAACCAGGAAGUAAAGUCAGGAUCAACGAACUUAGGAACAGCUUCGGUUGAAAGUCAGCCUACACAUCAGGACAUGGUGAGAAUGUGUCUUUAUUAUUUUACACAAUCUGAUCAGUUUAGGAAAUUGACUGGGCUGAUUGUGAAUUCUGUUCAUUUGUGUAUUUUCUAUGAAAUAAACUACAUUGUUUCGAUUGAA